GGUGCUGCCACCUUGGCGCACCAGAGCUGUCAGUGUCGGCGGAGCAGCGACAGGCAAGGGAAACCCCUCAGACCCAGCAGGUCCAGCCUCUCCAGCCAGGAUCUGUGACUUGGCACUGAGAAGGCGCAUAGCCGUGCACCCGAGCUCGGACCGAAAGAGACGCGCGGACACAGCGGGAGCGAGAGCCGUUCGCAUUGAUUUGCCUUUCUGUAGCGAGAGUCGAGAGAGUGGGGAGGGACGCGAUGGCAGAUGUAAGUUUGAACGAGUCGUCCACCGCGGACGUAGCCAACAGGUUUGCGCGAAAGGGCGCUCUGAGGCAGAAGAACGUCCACGAAGUCAAGGACCACAAGUUCAUCGCCAGGUUCUUCAAGCAGCCGACUUUCUGCAGCCACUGCACCGACUUCAUCUGGGGGUUUGGAAAGCAAGGAUUCCAGUGCCAAGUUUGCUGUUUUGUGGUCCACAAGAGGUGCCAUGAAUUCGUCACGUUCUCCUGCCCGGGGGCAGAUAAGGGACCCGACACAGAUGAUCCCAGAGCAAAGCACAAGUUCAAGAUCCACACCUAUGGGAGCCCCACCUUCUGCGAUCACUGCGGCUCUCUGCUCUAUGGUCUCAUCCACCAGGGCAUGAAGUGUGAUUCCUGCGACAUGAAUGUUCACAAUCAGUGUGUCAUGAACGUGCCCAGCCUCUGCGGGACGGAUUACACCGAAAGAAGAGGCCGUCUUUUCCUCAAAUGUGAGGUCAGCGGGGAUAAGCUGGAGGUCACAGUUGGGGAAGGCAAAAACCUCAUUCCCAUGGACCCCAAUGGCCUGUCUGAUCCGUAUGUCAAACUCAAGCUCACACCAGAUCCUAAAAAUGAGACCAAGCAGAAGACCAAAACAAUCCGCGCCAACCUCAACCCCAAAUGGAACGAGACCUUUGCUUUCAAGCUGAAGCCUACAGACAAAGAUCGCAGGCUGUCGGUAGAAGUGUGGGACUGGGAUCGGACCACCCGGAACGACUUCAUGGGAGCCCUCUCCUUUGGCGUGUCUGAGCUCAUCAAGUCUCCCGUCUGUGGCUGGUACAAGCUGUUAUGUCAGGAGGAAGGGGAGUACUACAAUGUUCCCAUCUCAGAGGAGGAUGAUGGUAAUGAGGAACUGAGGCAGAAAUUUGAGGACCAAGCAGUUGUGGAAGACUCUGAUCAGAAAGCCAAGCUAGGUCCUGGAAAGAAGAUGAUCUCAGAGACAGAUAAUGGCCGCCCCAGCAGCUUCCCUUCCAACAGCCUGGACCAAGUCAAGCUCAGUGAUUUCACCUUUCUGGCUGUGCUGGGAAAAGGCAGCUUUGGCAAGGUUAUGUUAGCAGAGAUGAAGACCACAGACGAGCUUUAUGCUAUUAAGAUCCUGAAGAAGGAUGUAGUGAUCCAGGACGAUGAUGUUGAAUGUACAAUGGUGGAGAAAAGAGUUCUGGCCCAACAGGACAAGCCACCAUUUCUCACGCAGCUCCACUCGUGCUUCCAGACUGUGGACCGCCUGUAUUUCGUAAUGGAGUAUGUCAAUGGUGGAGACCUCAUGUACCAUAUCCAACAAGUGGGCAAGUUCAAGGAACCUCAAGCAGUAUUCUAUGCAGCAGAGAUUGCUGUGGGUCUCUUCUUCCUGCACCUUAAAGGAAUCAUUUACAGGGAUCUGAAAUUGGACAACGUCAUGCUCGACUCGGAGGGACACAUCAAGAUUGCUGACUUUGGGAUGUGUAAAGAGAACAUGGCGGACGGCGUCACCACACGAACCUUCUGCGGCACUCCGGACUACAUAGCUCCAGAGAUCAUCGCAUAUCAGCCAUAUGGACGGUCUGUAGACUGGUGGGCGUACGGAGUUCUGCUGUAUGAGAUGCUGGCAGGACAGCCUCCAUUUGAUGGCGAGGAUGAAGACGAGUUGUUCCAGUCCAUUAUGGAGCACAAUGUUACUUACCCAAAGUCCAUGUCAAAAGAAGCCGUCUCCAUCUGCAAAGGGCUGAUGAUCAAACACCCAUCCAAACGUUUGGGCUGCGGCGAUGAAGGAGAGAGAGACAUCAGAGAACAUGCCUUCUUCAGACGGAUCGACUGGGAUCGCCUUGAGAACAGAGAGAUACAGCCACCCUUCAAGCCUAAAGUGCUCUCCACUGCUUCAACCCUCAAGGGCUCCACUUCCUCUAAUCAGUGUGGCAAAGGCGCCGAAAACUUCGACAAGUUCUUCACACGCACCCAGCCCCAGCUUACACCACCCGACGAGCUGGUUAUAGCCAACAUUGACCAGGCAGAGUUUGCAGGGUUCUCUUUCAUCAACCCUCAGUUCCUACACCCAUCUAUUGUCAACAGUGUAUUAUAAGGAUGGUAGUAUCGCCGAUGACCCGCCCUACUCUCUGCCACCUAUCUAAACCAACCGUCGACAAAUCUGACUAGAGCCUCCAGUCCCACAAUUGAUCCUAAUGUGUUGGUGUUCUUCCUAAGCAGGAGUCUAGGGCAUGCAGAGUUACUUUGUACAUUUGUUUUUGCCAGUACAGAUUAUCAACUGAAUAGAUUAGAUUGGUUUUGGUCACCAUGAGAUAUAUUUUUCUUUAGUAAUCAUGAGCCUGCACUGUUGGAGGAUGUGUCUCGGUAACCCGGGGGCAUUUUAAUCAGAGGGGUGCCAAGCUUUAUCAUUAAAUGCCAGUAUAUGAUUUAUAGAGUAAGAUAUGUUUACAAAUCUCGGUGGAUAAAAAUGGUGUCAAUAGAUCUACAGUGCAAUGCGAAAUAAGUCAUACCCCUUAAACUGUUUCAGACUUUGGUAAAUCACAACCACAAACUUAAAAGUAAUUUCUUUGUAACUUUAUGAGAAUGUCCAACACAAACAUCGGAAGGGAUAUUAUAUGUGGUUUUGACAGUUUUUUUUCUUUUUGUUUUUCUUUCUAUUCUUUUUUUACAGAUAAUAGUCUGAAAGUAUGUAGUGAAUUUGCAACCCUAGUCUCCAUACUACUAGGGUCUUCCCUUUGACUAAGCACUGCCUGUUGGAAGCAGCUUUUGCAGGAUUGCCCUGUAUUUAGCUUCAUCCAUCUUCCAAUCAACCCUGACCAGCUUCUGUGUUCUGCUGAACAAAGGCAUUCCCACAGCACAGUGGUGCCACUACCAUGUUUUACUGUGCACACAGCACACAGCAUUUCGCAUGUAGGCCAAACAAGUUCCGUUAUGUUCUCAUUUGACAAGCGCAUCUUUUUCUGCACAUCUCUUGUUUUGACCACUUGCAUGUGGCAAACUGUGGACUGGACUUCUGAUGGCUUUCUUUAAGCACUUUAAAAAUCUUGUCACUCUUUAAAAAAGGCCAGAUUUGUGGACUUCACAACUAGUCAUUGAAGGAAUAGGAUGUUUUUGGUUGUGGCAAACUCUUUCCAUCUUCAGAUGAAGCAUUGAUCAAUGCUUUGUUAGAUGUUCAAAGAAUGGCUAGAACUUUAGCCUGUCUGCCGUUUCUUGCACUUCAUUCUGGUAUUCAUCCUCAGAUCAUCCCUAAGAAACAUGUGAGGCCCUUUACAGAACAGCUGUAUUUAAACAGAUUAAAUUACUCACAGGUAUACUCUAUUUACUGAUUAGAUGAGCUCUGAAGGAAGUUGGUCACACUGGAUUGUGGAUUGUAGGAUUUUUUUCUUUGGUUCUAAAGGGGGCUGGACACAAAUGUGUGCCAUUCUUGUCUUGGAUAUACAAUCUUAGUGAAAUCCAGUUAAGUUUGUGGUUUUAACAGGAGAAAAAGUGCAAAGUUUCCAGGGGUAUGCAAACUUUCGUCAUGGCACUGUAGCUGAUGAUUGUUUAGAUAAUCAGAAUACUCAUACUCAUUGGGCAGUUCAGAUGCUAUAGCCAAAUAUGAAGAGCAGUGGUACAGGCAUUGAAACAGCACUUGGUUAUUCAAUGUUUCCUGUAUCAUGUUUACAGUUUUCUGCUUAUUUUCUUUAAUGGUGAGGGUAUAUAAUUAAAUGUUUUAUCUCAAUCUUAGCUG